GUGAUUUGAAGGUUUGGCUCAGUUUAGGCCACGUUUAACAGUUGCCAGAAAGCAUGAGGACUAAGCUUGUGGUAGUUGUGCUCGCCUCGGUAGCGCUAGUGUCCGUUACUGGGGAGUUGCGAUGUGUUCAACAAACGUUCGAGGGUCUCGGUGGAGUGUUUCCCAGUCCCAGAACGUCCUCGGAAUAUUCGCGUUGUGAUGCUGGUGUAGUGCAAACGGUUCCCUGUCCAGAUGGACACUACUUUGACACAGCAGUGCAAAUCUGUCUACUUGGACAGAUGGAAGAACAGUCACACGUAGAAGUAGCGUUCCAGUUCGAAGAGCUUUGCAACAAUCCCGACGUUGUGCAGAUCUUUCCCAACCCAACCAACUGCACCCAGUACAUCCUGUGCUACGGAACGGUGCCGAUCGUGCAAAGCUGUAGCGGUGGGCUUCUGUUCAACCCACAGCUAAACACCUGUGACGUGCCCGGAAACGUUGUGUGUGGUUACAGCUGCCCCUCUGUAGAUGAUCCCUACAACCCGGUGUGGCUGCCGGAUGCACGGCUGCAAGAUUGCUCGAGGCACUAUCUCUGUUUCAAAGGUGAACCACUGCAGUUCCAGUGUUACAGCAAUCUUUACUUUGACAUUGAGACGCGUACCUGCACCUAUCCCCAGUACUCAACGUGCCGAGUGCCGAACGUGUACUGCAACACGACACUUACAGUGAAUGUGGAAAAUCCAAGAAGCUGCACCUCGUACUACACCUGCGUUGAGGGAUUCCCGCACUAUAGGACGUGUGGAUAUGAAGAGUACUUUUCGGUGCCGCUUGGUAUGUGUAUUCCUGGGACAUGUGGACCAGAUACUACAACAACCGUUGGACCUUCCACCGUAACUGUUACCGAGCUGACGUCAACGACUGGCCCGCCCGGAACAACACCAUCGCUCACAUCAACGACGGACUGGAAUACGCAAACAACGGAUUUUACCUCCACAACCGUAUCAAUCUCUACCAUAACCGUACCAGAGUCCACUACGUCAGGCUUGGAGACCACAACGUCUACUAUUUCCGAUACCUCCACAAUGUCUCCUACAACACCAGAGAUCUCAACAUUUACUCCUAGUACACCGGAGCUUACAACAAACUUUGAAACACCAACGCCUACUAUUCCUAACACAUCUUCCACGCCUUCAAUAACACCAGAGACAUCAACAUUUGCUCCUAGCACACCGGAGCCUACGACAGACCUUCCGACAAUGACGCCUAGUACUCCCGGCACCUCCACAAUAUCUCCAACAACACCAGAGUUUUCAACAUUUACUCCUAGUACACCGGAGCUUACAACAAACUUUGAAACACCAACGCCUACUAUUCCUGACACAUCUUCCACGCCUUCAAUAACACCAGAGACAUCUACAUUUGCUCCUAGCACACCGGAGCCUACGACAGACCUUCCGACAAUGACGCCUAGUACUCCCGACACCUCCACAAUAUCUCCAACAACACCAGAGUUCUCAACAUUUACUCCUAGCACACCGGAGCUUACAACAGACUUUGAGACCACAACGCCUACUACUCCCGACACACCUUCAACGACAUUCGAUACGACAACGCUUGCUCCCAGCACAGCAGAACCUACUACUGAACCAUCAACAAUCUCCACUGACUCUACGACAACUACUGUAGAGUUACCAACGACUACUACUACAAUCGAACAAACUACAACUACCACACCAGACCCUACCACAACUACUACCGAACAACCGACCACUACUACACCGGAACCUACCACUACAACAGAGAUGGUAACGAUCGAUCCGAGUGACGUCUGUCCUGAACUUGGUGUCAUCAUUCUACCCUAUCCCACCAACUGCUACAUGUACAUCUUAUGUCUCAACGGUGUAGGUGGCACAGCGUCCUGCAAGGCAAAUGAGAUUUUUAAUCCAAUCACGGCCGUGUGUGUACCAGGCAAUCAGCAAACUUGCACGCCGUCGUAACGAGUUCAAUACUCUCAGCAAGAGUUGCGAUUAAUUUCCUGAAAUAAAAGUGCACAUUCAAUCAGAAA